UUGCUGCACGCCGGACCCGGCGGCGAGGGCAGGAAGGGCUGGCGGCGGCGGGGCCCGGCGGCCCGCGAGCGCGGCGAGGCAGCGGCCGCGGCGGCGCCGGCCGAGAGCUUCCCGCUGGACUUCACCGCCGUGGAGGGCAACAUGGACAGCUUCAUGGCGCAGGUCAAGAGCCUGGCGCAGUCGCUGUACCCCUGCUCGGCCCAGGCGCUGCCGCACGACCUGCGCCUGCACCUCCUGCACAACGCCUCGGUCACCUGCAACGACGGCAGCCCGGCCGGCUACUACCUCAAAGAGUCGAAGGGCAGUCGGCGGUGGCUGCUGUUCCUGGAAGGGGGCUGGUACUGCUUCAACAGGGAGAACUGCGACACGCGCUACGACACCAUGCGGAGGCUGAUGAGCUCCAAGGAGUGGCCGGCGACCAGAGUGGGAACGGGGAUCCUGUCGUCACAGCCAGAGGAGAACCCCCACUGGUGGAACGCCAACAUGGUAUUCAUCCCGUAUUGCUCAAGUGAUGUUUGGAGCGGUGCCUCUUCCAAGUCUGAGAAAAACGAAUACGCCUUCAUGGGAGCGCUGAUCAUCCAGGAGGUCAUCAAGGAGCUCGUGGGAAAAGGUCUUAGCACUGCGAAAGUGCUGCUGCUGGCAGGGAGCAGUGCUGGAGGAACAGGAGUGCUGCUGAACGUGGAUCGUGUGGCAGAGCAGCUGGAGGAGAUGGGGUACCAAGGGAUCCAGGUGCGUGGCUUAGCAGACUCUGGAUGGUUCCUGGAUAACAAGCAGUACCGCAGAACUGACUGCAUCGACACCAUCACGUGUGCUCCAACAGAAGCCAUCAGAAGAGGAAUAAGGUAUUGGAAUGGUAUUGUUCCUGAACGCUGUAAGCUGCAGUUUAAAGAGGGAGAAGAAUGGAAUUGUUUUUUUGGAUAUAAGAUUUACCCCACUCUUCGAUGUCCGGUCUUUGUUGUCCAGUGGCUGUUUGAUGAGGCCCAGCUUACUGUGGACAAUGUACACCUCACUGGCCAGCCUGUUCAGGAGGGGCAGUGGCUCUACAUCCAGAAUCUGGGUAGGGAGCUGAGAAACACCUUGAAGGAUGUGACUGCUAGCUUUGCUCCUGCCUGUUUGUCUCAUGAGAUCAUUACACGCAACCAUUGGACGGACAUCCAGGUGAAGGGGACAUCAUUACCCCGCGCCCUGCACUGCUGGGAUCGGAGCCUACAUGAGAGCAACAAAAAUGGGAAGGCCCCUCUGAAAGGUUGCCCAAUUCAUCUGAUUGACAGCUGUCCAUGGCCCCACUGCAACCCCUCGUGCCCCACUAUCAGGGACCAGUUCACAGGGCAGGAGAUGAACGUGAUCCAGUUCCUCAUGCACAUGGGUUUUGACGUGCAGAAGAUGGCACAGCAACAGGGCCUGGAGCCCAGUAAACUCCUGGGGAUGCUCAGCAGUGGUAACUAGGAGGGGAUCUUCCCAGGGGCAGAGAGAUUAGAUCAGGAGGAGACUCGGAGCCCUUCUCCCACACUCUCUAAUCUUCCUUACGCUCAUGCAGGCUGGUGCACGCUCACCCCCAUGCAGGCUGAAACCUGCACACCCCCAUUUGCUCCCACACUCUUGCACACUUUGGAUGUGUUAAGAAAGAAAAAAAAAAGCAAUUUCUUGCUCACACUGUUUGACUGGAACGUGUUACCUCCAAGCUCCAGGGCUCGGUCUUGGCCAUUCACAUCCUCUUCUGUGUUACACAAGGCAAUCUGACACAGCGAGUAGAGAAGUCAUAAAUAUAGCACGAUGAGAACCUUCCCCAGAUCUAGGACUUUCUCCCUUGCCAUGAAUUUGACAUCAUAGACUCGUACAAGUGGUGAGAAAAGCAAGCACUGGAUUUCUUUUGUCCAACUAGAAGUGAAGAAAUGAUUACAUGACUUCCUGGAGGCCAGCAUCUCAUCAUGUAUCGCAGUGCACAAACCAAGGACACGUGCUAGGGAUGGACACUCUUGUAAUCAACUUACUUUUGUCUUAUUUUAUAAAAUGACUUUUUUAUUACUUUUUUAAAAACUAAGCAAGAAAUAUAAAUGAUAUUGUUUUGUAACAUAUUUUUUUUAAAAUAACGAAGAAACCUCUUGCUACUUUGGCAAUGUGGACAUAUUUAUUUUAAUAUGUAAAAUGCUAUUUAUAAGAGCUGACCAGAGAACCAUUCAUAUGUCUUUGUAAAGUUGUAUAUGCUGCUCAUUUGGAUGGGAUUUCCUUACGAUCACUGUGCCUGGCGGUGGGCUGAGAGUGGUGUUGUCAUUUUAUAAUAAGACUCUGGUGUUCCCCUCGCAGUUUGCUUUGUUGUUCCCUCUAAAGAAGAUUGUAGUGUAUGAAGAUGGAGAUUUUCACCCAGCAGCUGCUGUUUGCAUCCUUACACGGCAUUUUCAGCUUGAGGAUUGUGAUAUCUCAGCUGUUCCAGGGCAUUGCAUUUUAAGAUAUGUUUUUAUAGCAGUUAAGAAAGGUUUGGUUCAAGCGGGCCUGUCUCGAAAGGCAAAGUGUUUCCAACAUAAAAGCACAAGACAAGAAACAA